AUGUCUUCAAAUUUCAUAAGAACUCGUUAUUUUCUAUCGAUCUGGGUGCAUAUAUUUCUAUUAGUAGGAGUUAUCGAGGCCAGGCAUGUUGCUCGCAAUACCGCGCUUGCCACUGCCGCUGUGAGUGUUGCGCCUCGAGACAAUGCCAUUCGUGAACCCCUUCCCACCGCCGCUUCUCGAACUCUGCAUGGAGGAACUCAAUGGGUCAGUCUUCAGGGAACUACUGAGGUUCAAUACGAUAUGACAAUUUCAAAUGUUAUACCUGUCUGGACGGCUUCCGAAACGAAUUUCCUGACUAUCAUACCUGGUACAGCAGCAGGCGCUCCCGCUUCGACAGUGUACUUCUCAUUUAUCACGGGUACAGCCACAUCGACCCCGGGAUUACCAGCACCAGAACCGUCAAUUCAAGCUAUUGUAAUUGCCCCAGCUCUUAUUCCUGUUUUGCAACGAAUUAUAUCAAGCGGUGGUGGAGAAAAAGCGAACGACGCCAUUGAUGAGCAAAUUGUCGGCGCUUUGGCUGCUAGGGGUUAUGAAGCCUCAACCGCAGAACUUAUUCCUUUAUUGGGACUUGUUAUUACUUUCUUGCGCUUUACCUUCGGCACAGAUCCGAACGCAGGGCUAAAGCUAUCUCCCUACAUUGAUUUGAGCGAGAAAAUCCCAGGUGCCGGAAGCAUGGUAACUACGUCCGAAUAUGAUCCAAUCUUUACAGCAAUCCCAGAACCUGUAUAUCCAGAUUGGAUGAAUCUCCGUAUGUUUUACCCCCCGGUUGGUCCCCUUCCAACGGAUUAUGAUUUCGGCAGUCCAUACACGUCAACCUCAGUCUCAAAGGCCGUACCGACACCGACAUGCUUCCCAGGCGCUGUUUCAGCUAAAACCAACGACGAUAUAUUAUUCCACGCCAAUGGGUUUUGCGACGGUUCUGUUCCCGGUUCAAAUGAUACUUGUGAAUAUAUUCAGUGGGACGCCGGGUCGAACAAGUACCUUGCCUUGGCUUUUGAAGCCAACGAUGGAACAUGCAGUUACAGUUGUCGAGCAAUGUACAUCGACAUGUUUGCCACAUGCAGUGAACAUGGCAGCAUCUCAGGGUCAGGGAUAUUCAAGGAUGGCUGUGGAACAUAUGCCUUCAACAUCACAGACGUAGCGCCUGUGGCUCAAUUCCCUAAUUUCUCCGCUGAGGAACGCAGUAAAGUGCCGCUACCCCCUCCGACAGGUCCCGCUAGGCUUGAGGUUUGCUACCCACGGGGUAAUAUAUUUACUUCUAUGAAAAAGCAGACGUGCAGCUUGACAAUUUUAGGAAGCUCUUUGUCACCGAGGAAUAUUAAAUAUUAUGAAGCUAGUAUUUUCGAUGGCGGUUGUUAUCAGCGAGGAUCUGUGCUUGAUCCACUUGUUCCGGAGGUCAUAACUUCUCAACUGCAAGACAAGCUAAAAAUCAAUAGUCUUUCAUUUGGGCAGGAAGGUGCAACGGUUAAGUUUUGUUAUGGUACAGAUUGUGUGGAUUCAACUACGGAGAAACGCUGUAUAUUCAAGGGAAACCCGUUCAAACAUCCUGGCCGUUUCACAAAUACUUUUAUGUUAAACUGUCCAUUCCCUUGUUAG